UAAAGACUUAUAAUUAACAUGAGCGAUUCAAUAACUGAGUCAAAUUCUUUUGAAAGAAAUGCUAAGGCUGUAGUUUUAGUUGAAAAAUAUUAUCUUGUUCGUUUAAUUUACAAAGGAAGAAGUCAUAACCUGUAUUUAGGUAAUUAGGUAAUUCUAAUAGUAAGUGUAGCUUUAAAUAAGGAGGAUCCGAAUAUCUACUAUUUAGUUGAAAUGAAAAGGUAUAAAGAAUAAUAUAUAUUUUAUAGUUAAGAGCAGCAUAAUUCUUUUAUUUGUGAUGAAAGGAUUGUUAAAAAAAUGGAAGAUUGUACUAUUUAUAUAAAUAAUUAUUUUAGUACAACUCAUUCCAAAGAAAAUAGAGUCAGGAGUCUAUAAAUAUAAGAAUAUGGAAUAUCGUUUUAAUAUUAAAGAAAGAUGUGGACCUUCUUUAAAAUUGUGUUUUUAACAUUAAAAUAGAAAAUUUUCUGAUUAAGUGUUUGCUACUCUAGCAAUUGAAGCAGUAAUACUGAAAAUGAUAUUUUAGAUAAGUACAUUAGAGAGAAUGCAUUCAGCAUCAAUAGUUCAUUGUUAUUUAAAGCCUAAGAAAUUUGUUACAUUGCAUAGAGGAGUUCAAUUAAUUUUAACUGACCUAAAAUUUGCCUAAAAAUACAAAUUAAGGUAGUUAUUAAACUAGAACACUAAAAAUAAAUUCCAAUAUGCAUUAGCAUUAAAUAAAUAUUCAAGUUUAAAUUUGCAUUUAGGGAUAAGUAAAGCAAUAAGUUAAAUAAAGGACCCUGUCCUAGAGAUGAUUUAGAAUCUUUAGCAUAUAUAUUGAUAAAUUUUUAUAUUGGAGGUCGUUUAUUUAAGACAAAGUAGAAGAAAACAAAAAGUGAUAAAAUAAAGGAAGUUGAAUUAUAGAAAAUGAAUUUAAUAAUAGAGAAAGCAUUUCCAUCAUUACCAAAAGAAAUAAUUUAAUUUUAUUAUCAUGUAAAAUUGUCAAAUAUUGAUUAAUACAAAGUAAUUAAUUAUGAUGAACUUAAAACAUAUUUUUAUAAAAUGAUGUAGAAAAAUAAUAACAAUUAAAUAAACUUAAAAUGUUAUCCAUGGGUAAUAAUAUUUAAAUAUAAAUAAAUAAGAAUCAAGAAUUAAUAGAUCCAUAUAAAUAGAGUUCUGCUAGUAGUUUAUCAUCUGUAGUAGAAGAUGAUGAAAAUGAAUCUGAUGAUUCCUUAAUAGAAGAAUAAUCAAUUUUAAGUGUGAUUGAAUAGUUGAAAUAAAUAACAAGAACUAAAAAAUUGCUAUCUGAAUUGGAUAAUUGA